CCCCAGCCGUGUCCUCCUUCCCCAAUUCCAGUUCCUUCGCCGCGACUCCUCCGGACUCGGUGGCCACAGGACGAGCCUGAUCGCACCGCACGAGCGAAGAUUUCGAGGGGUUUAGCCCGGUCGGCGUCUCGGAUCGAGAUCGGGACGCCAUGAGCGAGGUCUUCGAGGGCUACGAGCGCCAGUACUGCGAGGCCUCCGCCUCCCUCACUCGCAAAUGCACCGCUGCCGCAGCCCUCCAAGGAGAGAAGCUGAAGCAGAAGGCGGCGGAGAUCAAAUCUGGCAUCGAUGGCGCCGAGGCACUGAUAAGGAAGAUGGAUCUUGAAGCAAGGAGCCUCCAACCAAGCGUUAGAGCUGGGCUCCUAGCAAAGAUCAGGGAGUACAAGUCAGAUCUUAAUAACCUCAAGGGAGCGUUGAAGAGGAUUACCAGUGGUAACGCACAGCAAGGGGCGAGAGAGGAAUUGCUGGAGUCAGGAAUGGCAGAUGCAUUGGGGGUUUCUGCUGAUCAAAGAUCAAGACUGCUCAGGACAACUGAAAGACAGAACCAAACAACUGAUAGGCUCAGAGAUAGCCAUAGAACUAUGCUGGAGACUGAAGAUCUUGGAGUCUCCAUCUUGCAUGAUCUGAGUCAACAACGCCAAUCUCUCUUGCAUGCUCAUCGUGCAUUGGAUGACGUCGAUGUCAACGUUAGCAAGAGCAGGAAGACCGUUGGAAGCAUGGUGAGGAGAAUGGAUAGAAAUAAGUGGAUCAUCGGUCUCAUCAUAGCCCUCCUUGUCUUGGCCAUCCUAGUAAUCCUGUAUUUCAAGCUCGUGCACUAGGGGAUUGCUUUGCAUUGGACAGUAGUUUCUACCGCAACCAGGACGGAGGACGGCAGCUGUGAAUUUCUUUUAUUCUAUCUGCAUUUUGUAACCUGUGUGUAUUUCUUUUGUAUUUCCUAUUUCUUUUGUUCAGACCAUAUUUGUGUGUUGUGUGCUUGUAUGGGGUGCCAAUGUUGAGGUAACAAGUUCAGACCAUCAGUCAGAGUCUUGUAUAUCUGAUUGGUUUCUGUUUGAAAGAAAAACUGAACAGAUAAGCAAUACGGAAGCAGAUUUGAGCAAGUGCUGUCAUUUUUUUA